AUGAGUACUACCUUGACCAAGUACAAUACAUCAUCGAGACCGUCGUUGAUCAGCUCGCAGAUAAUCCUGACCGGGUUUUUCUUCUUAUGGUGGCAGCAGCAGGGUGAGACAAUGAGAAAUAGAGUCAGGAAGCUUGUCGCUUCUGGUCAACUUGAGUUCAUCAACGGCGGGUGGGUGAUGCACGAUGAGGCGGUGUGCCAUUACACGGACAUGGUGCACCAGAUGUCCAUGGGCCAUCGCUUCAUCCAGGAGCACUUCAACAUCACUCCACGCGUCGCAUGGCAGAUUGACCCCUUCGGCCACUCCGCCACCCAGGCUAGCCUCAUCACCUCGCAGGGUGGCUUGGACGCCUUUAUCUUUGGCCGAGCGGACUAUAAAGACAUGGAGAAGCGCAAAGCAGAGCAGAAGAUGGAGUUCGUGUGGCGGGCGGGCACAGGUGCUCCCAGGGAUACGCAGGUGUUCACUGGGAUUCUGUACGAUGGAUACUACUCGCCGCAGGAGUUCCGCUACCAGCAGACAGACAGCCCAGAGUACCGAUUCAGGGACUGGCCGAACGAGAGAAAUCCCAACGUGGAGCAAUUUGUGAAUUUUUUUGUUCAGGAGACAUUGAACAGGGCGCGGGCGUUCCGCACGAACCACCUGCUGUUCCCCAUGGGCGAGGACUUCUCGUUCAACGAGGCCAUCAUGUGGUUCAAGAACAUGGACAAGCUCAUUCAUUACGUCAACCUGGAUGGCCGGGUCAAUGCCCUCUACUCCACACCGUCCCUCUAUGUGGACGCUGUUCAAAAGGAGAACAAGACGUGGCCUCUCAAGACCGGUGACAUGUUCCCCUAUGCUGACGCCCCAAACUUCGUCUGGACGGGGUAUUUCGCCAGCCGGGCAAACUUCAAGCGUUUUGCUCGCGCCUGCAGCUCCCUGCUGCUGGCGACCACAAUUCUCGAGGCUGCGGUGGGCAAGACCGCUCUGAGGGACUGGGGGCUGAAGACCCACAGGAUGAUCGCUACAGACGAGUUUCUGUUUGACAAUCACCUGGGAAAGAACCUGAAACCCACCAGCGGGACAGAAGGGGCCGAACGUGGUGGAGCCAUGGGAGAGGGUGGGGGAGGAGGGAGUGGAGAAGGGGGAGUGGGAGGGAAUGUUGAGAGUGGUGAGUGGGAGGAGUGGGAGAGGGUGGGUGCGGGUGCGAGGAGGAGGAGGGUGGCGUCAACGUUCCCUUUGGAGGAGGCAGUGGCGGUGGCACAGCACCACGAUGCCAUCACAGGCACGGCCCAGCAGCACGUGAAUGACGACUACACAAUCCGCCUGCACCGAGCCGCACAGGAGGCCUCCACUGUAGUGGCAGCUGCUCUUGUUCACCUCAUCACCCAAGCAGCCCCCACCACUCUCCCGCCGCGCUCCUCUUCCCCAACGUCCAGCUCAACUCCCCAAGACCCAUCUCGAGCCUUCUUCACACCCACUGCUGACCCAACAAUGGGGCCCUCAGACUUCCCUCCCUUCAAUGACCCCACACUUGAUCCUGCUGCUCAGUUACAAGCCCAGCCAUGGGAUCCUGUAGACCUGAAUCAGCCCCAGUCGUUUCCUGAAAAGCCAACCCUCGAAACUGCCAGUCCAUUUGAUCCGCCUAUGCCAGACGGUAGCGAGCCUGACCCGCUGUUCUCUCAACUGCACCCAGAAUUGACUCAUGGUGAUGCAGGCUCGAAUGAGGGAGAGCCGCAGCACUCAGUGGAUACGCCUUCGUUCUUCCCUUACAACCGCCAAGUGCCCCCUUUGGAAGAGACACUCCAGUCGCAGCAGACAGUGCAAUGGACAGAUGCGAAUCAACAGGAACAACCAUCAGGAACCGUUGAUGUUCAUGCUCCACAAGAGGAGGUUUCGCCUGGGAGAAGGGGGCAAGAGAUUGUGCUGAGGGGAAGGGGAACCAGCAUAGCGGGAGAGAGUAGCAGAGUGGUGGGUGGGAAUGGAGAGUCAGGUGAGGAAGUGGGGGGGAGUGGGAUUGGUGCCGGCAGCAGCAGCAGCAACAGGGGAAGGCGGCUUCUGAGGGAGGGAGGGAGUGCGGCCGAUGCGCGUCAAGGGAACGAGGGCAGCGAGCAAGCGAGCACAGAGGGUGGUGAUCGAAGGAGUGCAAGCGAGGGAGGGGCGACGCACGGCAUGCCUGUGCUGGACUUUCAAAUGUGUCCAUUGCUCAACCUCUCCUAUUGUCCCCCAUCUGAAACAAAACUCAGCCCAGACCAAGUCCUGGUGGUGACUGUGUUCAACCCACUAGGGUGGCCCCGCACAGAGAUCGUUCGGUUCCCGGUGUCCUCGCCAUCAGUCCUGGUGACAGACUCGUCCAACUCCCCCAUCCCAGCCCAAAUCGUCACCGAAACCCUCGUAGACCCCAACACACGCGCCUUCUAUGUUGCUGCAUACACUGGCCAGUUGCCCCAGGAGCCCCAGCAGUCUCAGCAGCAGCCCCAGCAGCCAGGGCAGCAGGAGGGGCAAAUGGACGGGGCCCAGCAGCAGCAGGAGGGGCGGCAAAUGUCGGUUGUGUUCCGUGCCGAGGUGCCUCCUCUUGGAUACACUACUUUCUUCCUCACUGCCGUGCCACCAGGCACACAAGGAGCAGCCGUCAUCAGCACUACAGAGUCUGCAGAAGUCCCUGCCCUCAAAGACCCAACCGGAACCCCCAACAGCGCAAGCACAGCAAAUUCUCCAGCUGAAAACAUCGUUCUAGGGGGCUUUAAAGCCGACUCAUCUUCUGCUGGUGGUGCUGCUGGCAAGGGUACUGGUGCAGGCAAGGAGGGAGAGAGUGCACUGCGAGUGACGUUCUCCAAGGCAGCGUAUGGCAUGACGCAGAUGGAGCUUGUCCGACAGACAGAUGGUGAACAAGUGACUGUGGAUGUGGUGAAGCCUGUCAGGUCGGACGUCCUGGAGUAUGUCACACAAAAGGGUGGAGCCUACAUCUUUGACCCCACUACUGAAGCAGCCAACCCGACUCAGAGAGACGACCGGGUGUCCAUCCGCGUUCAACGUGGACCAAUCGUGGAAGAGUUCUCUCGACAAGUUGCCCCAUGGAUUUCAGAGACCUUCCGGGUGUACCCAGGUUGUGACUAUGCCGAACUGCACUAUGUGAUCGGGCCAACCCCCGAAGACAGCAAGGGUCACGAGGUUGUGACUCGCUUUUCAGCCCCCAUCAACAGCAACAAGACAUUUUUCACUGACUCUAAUGGCAGGCGGUACCUCAAACGGAUCGUAGACCAUCGCGCUGAUUGGGAGCUUACCCUCACCGAUCCCAUCGCAGGCAAUUUCUAUCCGGUGACGGUGGGCGCGUUCAUCGGGGAUGGCGAGUCACAGCUGUCACUGCUGGUGGACCGAGCAGCCGGUGCUGCCAGCCUGGCAGCCGGACAGCUCGAAGUCAUGCUGCACCGGGCACUGGUGACAGUGGACAUGAAGGGAGUGGGGGAGAUUCUCAACGAGCAAAUCGCAUUCAAUGGCAACAAUGAACGCCUCAUGGUCAUAGGCUCCAUCCGCUUUGGCUUGCACCCAGGGGGCAGCACAGGGGUGGCAGAUGAGGAGCACGAUGAGGAGCAACCUACAGCAACCACUUCUGCCGUUGCCCCUGCUGAUGCUGACACGGCCACUGCAACCCCCCAUGGAAGGCGAGGGGCUGAGACGGACGGAGGAGGGGGCAAAGAGGAGGCGAAUCAGGGUUUCUCAGAGAUGGGCCGGCCUCGGGAAAGGCGUGGCGGGGAGAGGCAGGAGGGAGAGGGUGGGGGGAAGGGGCAGGGGGCGGAGUGGAGGAGGGUGCACGCCCAGCGCCUUAUUGCCCCUCUGCAGCUGGCGUUUGCUGUUGAGACAAAGGAGGCCAUAAGAGCAGCGGAGGCAACCCACAGGUGGCGUUACUCCAUCUCGCAGGGAGAACGUGCCAGCAAUUCUCGCACACCCAAGUCUGCUUACUCCCUGCCACCCAACGUUGCUGUCAUCUCCUUCCAGGAACUGUCCCCAAGGAACAUUGUGCUGCGACUGGCGCAUCUGUACGAGCUCGCGUGGCGGCUGAGCGAGCCCAAGGCCGACGACACGGAGGGGGAGAGGGACCCGGCUGCUACCUCUCCGUCCUUCCUUCAACCCUCAGCUGAAACCUUAAACCCGAACCCUGAACCCCCCCCCUCCCCUUCCCAGCUUGCAUGGCGGCUGAGCGACGACCCACCCAAGCCGGACGACACGGAGGAGGAGCGGGACCCAGCCUUCCGGUCGUCCCUUCUUACCUCAUACCCAUCACUCACCCCCUUCCUCCUUUCCCUCCCCUCCCCAGCUUGCAUGGCGGCUGAGCGACGACCCACCCAAGCCGGACGAUACAGAAGAGGAGAGGGACCCAGCCUUCCGGUCGUCGAGACCUUCUGCUUCCUGGCAAAGCACAAACUGGUGGAUGUGAUAGUGACAACAGCGGGGGGCAUAGAAGAGGACGUGAUAAAGUGCCUGGCGCCCACGCUCCUGGGUGACUUCUCCCUGGCGGGGAAGGACCUGCGGGCCAAGGGGCUGAACCGCAUCGGCAACCUGCUCGUGCCGAACAACAACUACUGCCUCUUUGAGGACUGGGUCCUGCCCGUGCUGGAUGCUUGUCUUGAGGAGCAGAAAACGCAGGGCGUGGUGUGGACGCCCUCCAAGCUCAUCGACCGCCUGGGGAAGGAAAUCAACCAUGAGGAGUCGGUUCUCUACUGGGCCCAUAAGAACGGCAUCUCAGUGUUCUGUCCAGCCAUCACGGACGGGUCCCUGGGUGACAUGAUCUACUUCCACUCCUUCCGCUCGCCCGGGCUCCUCAUUGACCUCGUGCAAGGCACCCUCCUUACUCGCAACCUUCCUUAUUCACCCUCUUCCCUGAACGCCCCAUGGUUCCCCCCAUACAUUCAGCGGAUGAACGGCGAGGCAGUGAACGCCACCCCGCGGCACACGGGACGAAUGAACAGUGUUUCCCCCCACCCCAACAACAAUUCCACCCCUGCGGCUCCCCUCCUCCUCCUCCUCCUCUCUUCCCCCUCUUCCCCACCUCCCCUCUUCCCCCCAGACAUCCGGCGGAUGAACGGUGAGGCAGUGAACGCCACCCCGCGGCGAACGGGCGUGAUCAUUCUGGGAGGGGGGCUGCCGAAGCACCACAUCUGCAACGCCAACAUGAUGCGCAACGGGGCGGACUACGCGGUCUACAUCAACACGGCGAGCGAGUUCGAUGGCAGCGACUCGGGGGCCAGGCCUGACGAGGCUGUGAGCUGGGGGAAGAUCAGAGGAGAUGCGAGUGCAGUUAAGGUGAGAAGAGUCCCUUUUGAGAGUCCUCUGAAGCGAGCACAUGUGGCGAGGGAAGAGAAGGUACUGGGAGGGUUAUUGGAUGAUGCGCAACGGGGAGGAUUAUGUGGCUAUUCGGAGUUUGAUGGGAGCGACUCGGGGGCCAGGCCGGACGAGGCUGUGAGCUGGGGGAUGAUCCGAGAAGAUGCCACCGCUGUGAAGUUGAGAGGGAGAGAGAGAAAUCUCCUUUAA